GUAGCUGUGGAGAUAUCCGCUGUAUGUGAACAAACGAUAGGCGAGUACCAGGAAGAAAUCUCCCGUUCAAACGAGGAGAACAAACGUCUACAGAGCCUGUUGAGUUGGGUUUUCAACCCCGAAAUCAAGUUACACAGAGCAGGUUCGCAAUUAUAUAAUGACAACUCAAAAUGCACGAAUCAGAUAGUUACGGUGGGCAACACUUAUUGAUCAAAUAAUGUACACAUUUAGUCAUUAUUGGUUUUCUUUUCCCUACUGCCAGACUCCCAGCAGCCCUCUCUCCCUGUCUCAGAAGAGAAGGUUCCCCCUGAGCAGGAGAGGUGCCCCAAUCUGGGGCAAGAGGACCCAGAGCCCACACAGAUUAAAGAGGAACAGGAGGAACUCCGGACCAGUCAGGAGGAAGAGCAGCUUCAAGGGCUGGAGCCUGAUACCAAAGACCUCUUCUUGAUUCCUGCCUGUGUUAAAAGUGACUAUGAACAGGACCCACCUCUGCCCUCACAUCUUGACCAAACCUUGGAGAACAGAGAGAGGGACUCUCUACCCACCAACACAACUGAACAGAUCAAAACAGAACCUGGUGGAGAGGACUACAGAGUGUCAGAACCAACCAGGGACUCUCAGCUCCUCUCUGCAGUAAAUCCAGAAUGUUCUGCAGCUCCGGGUGAAGACAGAAUAUGUGUUGAUGGGGUGGUGGAGAUGCUUCUUCUCUUCUCCCUCCCUCCAGACUCCCAGCAGCCCCCUCUCCCUGUCUCAGAAGAGGAGGUUCCCCCUGAGCAGGAGAGGAGCCCCAGUCUGGGGCAGGAGGACCCAGAGCCCACACAGAUUAAAGAGGAACAGGAGGAACUCAGGACCAGUCAGGAGGAAGAGCAGCUUCAAGGGCUGGAGUCUGAAAUCAGAGUAUCAGAACCAACCAGUCUUUGCAGAGAUUCAGAAACAACCAUCUCUGUAGCAAAUCCAGAACAUGUUGAUGGGGUGGAGAGACCCAUUCUCCCUUCCUUUCCUCCAUCCCUCCCUGUUUCUGAAGAGGAGGUUCCUCCUGAGCAGCAGCACUGUGAGCAGGAGAGGAGCCCCCUUCUGGGGCAGGAGGACCCAGAGCCCACACAGAUUAAAGAGGAAGAGGAGGAACUCAGGACCAGUCAGGAGGAAGAGCAGCUUCAAGGGCUGGAGUCUGAAAUCAGAGUAUCAGAACCAACCAGCCUCUGCAGAGUUUUAGAACCAACCAGUCUUUGCAGAGAUUCAGAAACAACCAUCUCUGUAGCAAAUCCAGAACAUGUUGAUGGGGUGGAGAGACCCAUUCUCCCUUCCUUUCCUCCAUCCCUCCCUGUUUCUGAAGAGGAGGUUCCUCCUGAGCAGCAGCACUGUGAGCAGGAGAGGAGCCCCCUUCUGGGGCAGGAGGACCCAGAUCCUACACAGAUUAAAGAGGAACGCGAGGGACUCAGGACCAGUCAGGAGGAAGAGCAGGUUCAAGGGCUGGAGUCUGAAAUCAGAGUAUCAGAACCAACCAGCCUCUGCAGAGUUUUAGAACCAACCAGUCUUUGCAAAGUAUUAGAAUCAACGUCUGUAGCAAAUCCAGACUAUUCUGCAGCUCAGAGUGAGAAGAUAGAAGAAUAUGUUGAUGGAUUGGAGAGACCCAUUCUACCUUCCUACCCUCCAGAACUCCCUGUCUCUGAAGAGGAGGUUCCCCCUGAGCAGCAAGAGAGGAGCCCCGGUCUGGGGCAGGAGGACCCAGAGCCCACAAAGGUUAAAGACAAACAGGAGGAACUCAGGACCAGUCAGGAGGAAGAGCAGCUUCACAUUGGGGUAUCAGAACCAACCAGCCUUUGUAGAGUAUCAGAACCAACCCUCUCUGCUGCCAAUCCAGACUCUUCUGAAGCCCAGAUAGAAAACAUAGAAGAACAUAUUGAUGGGUUGGAGAGACCCAUUCUCCCUCCCUUCUCUCCAGACUCCCAGCAGCCCUCUCUCCCUGUCUCUAAAGAGGAGGUUCCCCCUGAGCAGCAGGAGAGAAGCCCCGGUCUGGGGCAGGAGGACCCAGAGCCCACAAAACAAGAGGAACUCUGGACGAAUCAGGAGGAAAAGCAGCUGGAAUCUGACAGCAGAGUAUCAGAACCAACCAGUGACUCUCAGCUCCUCUCUGCAGUAAAUCCAGACGGUUCUGCAGCUCAGAGUGAAAACAGUAAAGUUCAUCAGAGUCCCACCACUUCUUCAGAACAAGUAAGAUUAUAUUUAAUGUAUUAUUAAACAUGUUCAACAGCACUCAGUGCAAAAAAAAAGCAGCAUUUAAUUGAAGAGAAACAGCCAAUUGACUACAUGAGAUUUUGAUAGCAAUUUUCGGACAGAAAAUGAAUACUGAAAAAUAUGAAUAUAUAAAUGUAAAGUUAUUUAAAUAUAAAGUAUAUACAUUGUUUAAUAUGAUCAAAUCUACGACCAUAUCAAAGUUCCAAAAUGGGAUCUCUGCUGUCUUUGAGUUUUCAUAUUACAUUAAUCUAUCCUUUUUGUUUCCCCUUUUAGGAUUCUAGUAACGUGGAAUCAAAUGAAGCAUCUCAUUUCUCUAACUGGACCGACAAAAACAUUUUGGAUACAGACGGCAACUCUUUAGACAGUAGCUCUUGCACUAAAGAAGAUUCUGAGGCACGGAAACCAACAAAGAGAACAUGCCAUUCUAGUGGUGUGGUUAAUGAGCCUUCUGAUUUGUCUAACUUAUGUGAUGAAAACAACCCAGGGACUGAGAUCAGCCCUUCAGACAGCAACAAAGACAUGAACAUCCAAACAGACUCUGGGGCUCAUAAUCCAGCUAAGAGAAAAUGUCAGCGGGUGCAGAGUCCUUCAGCAGAGAUUGUGUGCAGUAGGGAUACUACCCCAUCAUCAGCUCAAAGCUCCACAUAUGUAAUGCCGAUGCCUGUAACCGACAGUAGAAGAUCCAAGAAACAGUAUUGUCUGUACUGUGGAAAGCCUUACCUUAAAAUCGCAAGACACCUGCAGUUUGUGCAUCGGGAUGAAGUGGAUGUAGCCAAGGCCUUCAGCUUUAGAAAGAACUCGAGAGAGAGAAAAGUGAUGUUAGGUCUUUUGAAUAAAAAGGGUAACUUUGUGCAUAAUGUUGCUGUAGCAAGAUGUGGGAGUGGAGAGAUGGUCGCCUGUUCCCGGCCCAAAGUGCCGGGGUCCACUCAAGAUUACACCCACUGCAUACACUGUCAAGGUCUGUACAAUCGAAAGACACUGUGGAAGCACGUCAGAUAUUGCCCUCUGAAUCCCAAAGCUGACAAACCAAAACCUGGACAAAAGAUGAGGAUUCAGUCAGCAAUGGUGUUUAAGUUGUGUCCUCAACCCGAUUACGUCAGCACAGGUCUUUGGAAGAUAGUUUGUGGUAUGAACUCCGGCGAAGUUUCAUUUGUGGUAAGAAAUGACAAAUAUAUCCUCCUCAUGGGAGAAGAGAUGUACAACAAACUACAGCCAGAUGACAGAAGAAUUCAAUUCAUUCCACAAAGAAUGAGAGAGAUGGCAAGACUACUCAUCGCGGCCAGGAAGUGUACACCUCUGAUGUGCUUUGAGGACUUGGUCAUACCUAGUAAUUUACCUCACGUCAUCACGGCAGUGAGAGCUGUUGCUGGCUACAACGAGGAGAACAAAACGUACGACCGCCCGACGCUGGCUGUUCAAAUGGGAUACAACUUAAUGAACAUUGGCAGCGCUGUGGAAUCCUGUGCACUAAAGUCAGGACGAUACAAGGUGGCAGAGUUUGCAGGCAAAUUCAAAGGUUUCAAGUGGAAUGAGGUUGUUAUGGCUGGAGCACUGUCCACUCUCAGUAAACCAAAAAUGAAAUGUAAGUCAAACGCCACACCUAGUAGGCCAGGCUAGCUCUCCAAGUGGAUGGUUUGCCAGCCAUCCCUAAUAAUAUUGGCUUUUUUAUACAGGGAAUUUGUCAUGUUUAUUUAGCCUAUUCAUUCUCUCUUUCUUUUCUUUAUGCAACAUUGUCCGCUCCUGUUCAUCCAAAAAGUAAUUGACAUAUUAAUAAUAAUAAAGAACAAAUGUGAUAUGCAUGGUGAAAUUAUUUUCCAUCCUCUGAUGCUGCCGUUUUUGGAAUCUUUUCUCAACAGGCGCCCAGCCGGACCGUCACACAGGCACCAAGCCGCCCCAUCACACAGGCACCAAGCCGCCCCAUCACACAGGCACCAAGCCGCCCCAUCACACAGGCACCCAGCCGUCCCGUCAUACAGGCACCCAGCCGCCCCAUCACACAGGCACCCAGCCGCCCCGUCACACAGGCGCCCAGCCGACCAGGGGAAGAAACGCUGUAAAAAUAAAGUGGACUGUUGAUGAGGUAGCAGCAGUAGAGAAACACAUGAUGCAGUUCAUAAAGAGUGGCCGAGUUCCUGGAAAGAGGGACUGCCUCAAAUGCCUCCAGUCGGAACCUGUGGCGCUCAAAAGCAGAAGCUGGUCAGGCAUUAAGUUCUACGUACAUAACAGAAUCAAACGGAGAAAGAGUUUUGCAGCAAGUUCACGGGGCAGCAGCCCCGACUCAAACUCAGGUCCAGAGACUGGCAACCCAACACCUUAGCCAAAGAAAAUGUUAUUACAUUUUUGUUCAUUGUUUUUGUUAAUGGAAAUUGGCCUCUUUUGUAGAGCACAAUGGCGGAGUGUCUUCAGUGUAAAACUAACAAUGAGUCAAUAAUUCAUGCCUUCUGGGAGUGCUAUAAAGUUCACAAGAUAUGGGCAGAGUUCGAAAUCUGUCCGUCAGAAGUUUUACAAUGUAAGUUUACUUUUAAUCCUGUCUAUAUGCAUAUUUCAAGACAUGGCAUGUAGGGGUGCGGUGAGAUAACCAAUGGGGUUGGACAAUAUUAUUUUUGUCAAUUAUAUUGAAUAAGCUAUUACUUAAAUACUGGAAGUCAAAUGAUACUCCAACACUAAGAGAAUGGAAUAAUCAAAUGCUUUAUUAUUUAAAUAUUGACAAAAAUCUGUCUACAGACAGAAACAACAUAACACAAUUUGAAGUAAUCUGGGAAAAUUACCUAUUUUUUACUACUUUUUCAACCCCUGAGAUACAAACACACAGUUACUGAAGCGUCCCUGGAGCAGUCCAGGAUUUCCGGAAUACCUGUGAAUUUUGGGAAAGUUACCAGAAUUUUGCAACCCCAGUUGGGCUGUAUUAAAGAUACUAUUGAAUAUUUAUCAUCAUUGUGAAAUCUUUGAUAGAGCUAACUACUGCUUCGUACACAUGGUCACUUUAAGUGAUUGAAUUGGGCAGGACUCAAAUCAUUUUGCCAUUAUUUUAUAGAGAUACCGAUAUAUACAAUAUCAGACGCCCCCAAUUUAAUGUCUGGUGUAUGUCACAUUACUCAACAACUUCAUUUGGUGUCGAAUUAGGGGAGACAGGCUUACAGUGUGCCAAUGUUACCCUAAAUGGAUUCAUUUUAUUUGCCACUCAGACUACUUUUGUGUGGUUUAGAAUUGUUUUGUUUUCUCAUGGAUGCAUUGUCAUGCUCCUGGUCUUCAUUCAAGUUUAUUCAAACAUUAUUAGUACCAUUAUUAGAACACACAAAUACCGUCUCAAAUAUCUCCAAAGCAUCUAGUUAAUUUAUAAAACCACUAUUAUAAAUUAUAAUGAUCUGUCAUGUAUUAACUCAACUCUCUCCGUUGCAUUAUUAGAUACAGAGCCUUCAGAAAGUAUUCGCACCCCUUGACUUUUUCCACAUUUUGUUGUUACAGCCUGAAUUUAAAAUCGAUUCAAUUGAGAUUUUUUGUCACUGACCUAAUUUUGACAUUAUACCUCAUAAUGUCAAAAUUAAGUUUUUCGAAAUGUUUACAAAUUAAUUAAAAAUGAAAAGCUGAAAUGUCUUGAGUCCAUAAAUAUUCAACCCCUUUGUUAUGGCAAGCCUAAAUACGUUCAGGAGUAAAAAUGUGCUUAACAAGUCACAUAAGUUGCUUGCACUCACUGUGUGCAAUAAUAGUGUUGAUUUUGAAUGACCUCAUCUCUGUACCCCACACAUACAAUUAUCUGUAAGGUCCCUCAGUCGAGCAGUGAAUUUCAAACACAGAUUCAACCACAAAGACCAGGGAGGUUAUCUCACAAAGAAGGGCACCUAUUGGUAGAUGGGAAUAAAAACAAAUAGACAUUGACUAUCCCUUUGGGCAUGGUGAAGUUAUUAAUUACACUUUGGAUGGUGUAUCAAUACACACAGUCACUACAAAGAUACAGGCGUCCUUCCUAACUCAGUUGCCGGAGAGGAAGGACACCAAUCAGGGAUUUCACCAUUAGUUUAAUGGCUGUGAUAGGUCGAAAACUGAGGAUGGAUCAACAACAUUGUAGUUACUCCACAAUAUUAAUAUAUACUGAACAAAAAUAUAAAUGCAACAUGCAAUAAUUUCAUUGAUUUUACUGAGUUACAGUUAAUAUGAGGAGAUCAGUCAAUUUAAAUGAAUUCAUUAGGCCCUAAUCUAUGGAUUUCACAUUACUCGGAAUACAGAUAUGCAUCUGUUGGUCACAGAUACCUGGGGAAAAAAUGGUCCUCAGGAUCUCAUUGUGGUAUUUUUGUGCAUUCAAAUUGCCAUUGAUAAAAUGCAAAUGUGUUCGUUGCCCGUAGCCUAUGCCUGCCCAUACCAUAACCCCACCGCCACCAUGAGGCACUCUGUUCACAACAUUGACAUCAGCAAAUCGCUUGCCCACACAACGCCAUACACGUGGCCUGUGCUUGUGAGGCCAGGUGAACGGUUGGACGUACUGCCAAAUUCUCAAAAAUGACGUUGGAGGUGGCAUAUGGUAGAGAAAUGAACAUUAAAUUCUCUGGCAACAGCUCUGAACAUUUCUGGGAUCUUCUAUUUCAGCUCAUGAAACAUGGGACCAGCCCUUUACAUGUUGCGUUUAUAUUUUUGUUCAGUGUAAUUGGCAGAGUGGAAAGAAGGAAGCAUGUACAGAAUAAUAAUAUUCCAAAAUAUACAUCCUGUUUGCAACAAGUGUUAUGUUUGGGGUAAAUCCAACACAUUACUGAGUAACACUCUCCAUAUUCUCAAGCAUAGUGGUGGCUGCAUCAUGUUAUGGAUAUGCUUGUAGUCGUUAAGGACUGGGGAGUUUUUCAGGCAAAAAAAUUUUACGGAAUGGAGCUAAGCACAGGCAAAAUCCUAGAAGAAAACCUGUUUCAGUCUGCUUUCCAUCAGACGCUGGGAGAUGAAUUCAACUUUCAGCAGGACAAUAACCUAAAACACAAGGCCAAAUCUACACUGGAGUUGCUUAUCAAGAAGACAGUGACUGUUCCUGAGAGGCCUAGUUACAGUUUCAAGUAGAUUUAAGUCAAAACUGUAUCUCAAGACCUGAAAAUGGUUGUCUAGCAAUGAUCAACAACCACUUUGAUAGAGCUUGAAGAAUUUUUAAAAGAAUAAUGGGAAAAUGUUGCACAAUCCCGGUGUGGAAAGCUCUUAGAGAUUUACCCAGAAAGACUCACAGCUUUAAUCACUGCCAAAGGUGCUUCUACAAAGUAUUGACUGAGGGGUGUGAGAUAUUUCUGUAUUUCAUUGUCAAUAAUGUGUGUAGAUGUGUGGAAAAAAUCAAUUUAAUAAAUGUUUUAUUCAGGAUGUAACACAACAAAAUGUGGAGUAAAUCAAGGAUGAUGAAUGUUUUCUGAAGGCACUGUACAUGUAAAGGAUGAACCAGAGAGAUUAGACUGUUUAGAAGGUAGAUAAUAUAUGGCAAUGAUACAGGUCUUGACUUUGACCAAAAUGAAUGAACCCUUUACAGAACACUUUCGACGACUGGAUCACGGCUCUUACACACACCGAUGUAGUCUGUUUUGCUGGCUGGGAGAGGGAGGUCCUCCUGACUGACGAGAGAGCGGUUGUAGGAGCCGCCAGGGGUGCAGAGUGGGUCGAUGUAAGACCACUCCCUCUCUCUCUCCUUCCCCUUCCUCCGCUCUGACUCCAUCUCUAUCUGGAGCUCUAGCUGCUUCCUAGGUCCCCCCGACGGACGCCUGCUCCGGCUCUGAGACCUCCAGUAGCUAUUGCUGUCGUAGGAUGGGAGUCCCUCCUGUUUUGGGCGAAACCCCUUCUCCUCUUUCUCCACUAGCGUCAGGCCCUGGUCCUCGCCCCCCUCUGUGUCCCCCCUCUUCUCUCUUGGACCCUCGGCCCGCAAGCCUGGUGGAGAUCGUGUGCUGUGGUGGUGGGUCAUAUUCUUCAGUGUCAUCUUCUGAGUCGUCAGCUGCUGCUGCACUUUGCUCUGCUGCCUGUGGGUGGCGCUGUGGCUGUAGUACACAGACCUGGGCACCGGCCUGGCCUUAAAUGCCCUCCUCUCCUCUUUGGCCACCAAGUUCCCCAGUUCCGCUUCAAUCCUCUGCUCCCUCUUCCUCCUCUCUCUCUCCAGGAAGCUGAACGGUCUCUGGGGUGAGCAGGAGAAGGCCCGCCGGUUGCCACCGCUGACCGAGACACGACGACAAUUACAAAGGUUACCUCCGUGGUUACCGGGAUGGUAACCGGGCCGCUGGCUGGGGCGGCGGCUGAUGGCGUCGUAGAGCGGCAGGCGGGUGUGGGCGGGCGCCGGCGAGGCCCGGAACUUCACGCCGCACUCCCUCAGCUCCUCCAGUUCCCGGCGCAGCAGGAAGUUCUCCAGCUCAACCUCUGAACGCGUCCUCACCUUAUUAACAAUAAUACAUCAAUAAUACAUGAGUUUUAUAUAGUACAUUUCACAGAACCCAAACACACACAGGGACAUUUGCUCAGCAUGCCAAGCAUACAUGUAUUACACUGUAUUUAUGCCAGGUAUUACGUUCCCUAUGGGAUGCUACGUUACAUUAUCCAUUCAAGACUCUUUAGAGAACAAUAAAACUAAUCAAAGCCAAAGUCCUCCUCACCUUCCUCCUCUUCUUCUCCUCCUCCCUCAUCAUCAUCCUGAAGGGCUCUGGGACGGUCACCGUCCCCCUGGUGUUAUCAGGCCCUCCAACCCCUCUACUGCUCUCGGCUCUGGUUCUCCUCCCCGUCUUGCUCAGGUUUCCCCCCUGGUUUCCGCCCUGGCUCUUGGGGCAGCAGCCUCUCAGCUGGAGCUCGAUCUGGAGUUGGCUCCUGGAUGAUGAAGUGCAUGAUGGCUGCUUACGGGCGGUGGUGGUGUUGGUGGUGGUGGUGAUCAUACCCGCUGGACAGCAGGAC